UCUCAAGCCGUGCCGAGGCUCAGCUGUUCGAGAGGCAUAUUCUAGCUGAUAACAUUUGAUUGCUCACUCGCGCCCUGUUCGCAGUAUGAUGGAAUAUACGACGUUCGCUUUGAUAAUCGCAGUUUUUUGUGCUACCGUCAAUGGCGUCGUCGAAUAUUGUGAGCAAACAUCCAAAUUCCACAUUCCAAGUGUGAAGGCCAACUGGAUCGGUGCCGUGGAGUACUGCAAUCGAAUCAACAUGCGGCUGGCGAUUGUCGAUAGUGCAGCAAAAAGUGUUUCAGUUCUGGAUGCCAUCAACUCAGCCAAAGCAGACGGGUUAACUUUUGCCAAUGUUUGGAUCGGAGCAAAUGAUAUGGCUAAAGAGGGUACCUUCACGUGGCAUUCAACAGGACAACCUGUUAAAUAUACCAACUGGUCAGCGACAAAUCCUGAUAAUCACCAAGGACGUGAAAACUGUGUGGAAAUCGCAUUCAAGGAUUACACUCAGUGGAAAUGGGCCUGGAACGAUAACAAGUGUGACGCGGUUCUGUAUUUUGUUUCUUUACGUAAAUCGGUUUGGUGCGGGAUGCCAUCUACAAGGGCGCAACUUUAUGGUCCUUGGUGAAGGAACGAACAGCCUACAGAGUGGACCUCUGCACCAACCACCGGUUCAGAUGAUAGGCCGCCCAAUAGAAUUUGCUUCUCAUUUCGCAGUUCACGACUAAUGCAGGUCAAAAUUCCUAACAAUAGUAAAGAGAUUGGCAACAUCCGGGACG